AUGUUGAAUUCGCAAACCACACCGUAUAACAAGCCCUUUCAGAAAAAGUCGGUCGUGUCUAGCUUUCUCUUCAAGCUCUGCGAUGCGAAUGGACAAACUGCUAAAGUGGCCCUGUUCCGGCGAAGCGAUAAAGUUCACACCUACCAACACCAUCUCGCACCAAUAUCCGGUGCCAUCGAUCCUCGCACGGAUGCGACACCAGUAGAGACAGCAUGGAGAGAACUAAAGGAAGAAACAUCUCUGACAACAUCGACUGUUAAACUAUGGCGAAAAGGAAGGGAAUUCUCUUUUCAGGAUGAAUCAGUUGGUAGAGAAUGGACGGUCUACCCGUUUGCGUUCCUACUUAAGCCACCAAGUGGCCGCACUGAAGCCGUGCGUUCGGCUGAAGACUGCGAUAGUGACGAUGGGAACGGCAUAACCUUGGACUGGGAACAUGACUUCUACAGCUGGCACGACCCGGAAGAGGUGCUGUCACUCCUAGACGAGAAGGGACUUAACGCAACCAUGUGUGGCCAGAAAUUCGUGCCACGUAUUGCCGACUCGCUGAGAAAUGUGUACCCUGAAUACGAGCUCGGAACUACAGCGGGGAGACUUUUGAGAGAAGGUCUACAGCAACUGCAGAACGACCACGAAAGUGGUGCAAGAGAGCUAGCCACUAUUGCCCUGAAAAUACUCAAAGAUAUUCUGUUGGAGAUCCGACCGUCAAAGUUGCGGAUUGAGCGAAACGAGGAUAGGUGGAACGUCUGGUGGAGGCAUGUGCGGCUCAUAUCGUGGCAUAUUUGGAAAAGCGGUAGAGAGUCAAUGGGCGCAGCGAUCGGCAGUGCGAUACUCACUGUGCUUGCGGACAUGGAACAGCUGCAUGAGGGAAGGAUUCGCGAAGAUGAUGUUGCCCACGUUGUUGAACGCUCGAUUGGAAAGAGGGAAGCAAUGACAAGGCGGCUCUGCGGGGCAUUCGAGUCUUAUCUUCGAGAGAAAGUGCUCGGGAAUUUACUGACGGAACAGAGAAGGACCUUGACAAUAAUGACAUUGUCAGCAAGUUCUACAAUCAGGGAAUCUAUCUUACACUUUCUUAAAAGUGAUGGCUGUAACAGCGACGUCCCAUUCGACAAUCUAGAUUUGCGGGUCUUGGAGUCAAGGCCACUAUAUGAAGGUGUGUCUCUCGCAUCGACGAUAUUAUCGUCAGUUCAAUCGUUUGAUGACGAUGUUCCACGACCAAAAGUCACCGUAUCUUUAUACACAGACAGCUCAGCAGCGUUGGCAGCCAGAGACAUCGACGUGCUACUAAUAGGCGCCGAUCGUAUCGCAGGGUACGACGGUGCAGUGAGCAACAAAACAGGCAGCCUACCUGCAAUCCUAGCAGCGAAACACAUCUCGCCUCGGGCCCGAAUACUUGUCGUCAGCGAAUUAGAUAAAGUAGCCCAAGCCGAGUCGAUCGAGAACCAUUCAGAAGAGGAGAAUGAUGCAGAGGAAGUGUUGCGAGCUUGGAGACUGGCUGGGGKGAAGGGAGCUGACGUAAUUGACCGUCGAUUGGGCGGAGAACAUAAUAAAUACGGCUUGGCAGUCAAGAACGUCUACUUUGAGUGGGUUCCGUCGUCGUUGAUUGAUGCCUACAUUACGGACGAGGGAGCCAUGGGGGUCGCUGGCAUCCGUGAGAGAUCUACCUGGGUCGACCAGCAAGUCUGUCAGAUCCUGCGUGAAAUGUUCAAGAUUCCCAGUCGUGCCCGCGAACAAGUGGGAACGACUUGGCGGAGUCUUAGGCAGACCGAAAAACCCAAGAAGGAACUCCUCCAGACCUCGCUCAUGAUUCAUCGUCCCAUCUGGAUAACUGGUGUUGCUGGCACUUAUACAACGGCUUACGCAUGUUACCUCACGAUGAAAUACAUGCGAAAACUGAAGCGCUAG